AUGGUGAAGAGUCUGUUUGGCGAGAAAUCGUUGAGAAAUGGAGCGCGAUCCCAGUUGGAGUUGAACAAGUUUUUAAUCCACAAGUUUUUGAAAAGUGUGCUUGCGAAAUACUCCUUGUUACUACAACCUUCACCGCCAGGCAACGACUUAGCCUCUCUAUGUAGGAUAUUUGAAGGGAUUUUGAUCAGAGUACGUGGCAACAGGGCCCAGUUCAAGAAAGUUUGCUGCAUCAUUAUCAAGUUUUUAGAGUGCUGUCACAACGAGUACAACUACAUGCAGUUUUUGAAGCACGACUUGAAGAGGUUGCUGGUGACAGCUUUCGUGCUGAGUGUACCAAAUAAUGGCACAGAUGAGGCGGAGAGGUCUAUAAUACGAGACAAGAUAUACACUUGCUAUUCCAACGUCACUGGUUUGAAAGAGGAAGAGAUCAUAAACUGUUGUUCGAUCACAAGACCAAUUCUUAUACGUCGCAGCCGUGAGCAGUACAAAGCUAUCAGGUAUAAGCAGAUGAAAGACGCUCGGCGCGAAAGAGACCCACGAAUUAUACAACUCACUAAUGAUAUGAACGAGGACACCGCCACAAUGUCCGAUCUGGCACUCCAUAACUUCCUAGAGCCUUUCGACAUCACGUCCACCUUCACAUUCACCAAGAGGAACAACAUCGGAACAUCAGCCCCCGCCUCGCUCGGCGCCAGCAUGAUGCUGAACAUGUCCCGCACCGAUCCCACAGACCCUUGGAACGGCAGCACCGGAGCUCCACCAUCUUCAGAGUACUACAAUAACACAGACGGAAGUGUAUCGAAUGAGUACGUCCUCGGAACAGAAAUCCAACGGUUCAACGAGAUCACAAAGAAAUUGAUCCAGAGCAACUUCAACGUUCAAUGA